GGCCUGUGCUGCGCUCAACGUCCAGGUGAGAAUGAUUACCCAGAAUAUGUUCAGGUGCUGUGUGCUGACAAGGGGCUUGGAAUAAUGUGCCAUGACGGUCAACUCACGAGUCAUCAAAACGUCCCUACAGUGGUCUCCGGAGGCUAUCGAGGUUCCUCUGAACGACGACUUGCGCAUCCAAAUCCUUCCCACCGUCGACGAUCUUCUUCGUGCCCGAAAACAUCAGUUUGCGGCCUUUGUUGCCUCAGAAGGCUUGCUCGUCGUUUAGGAUGACGAUCCCCUCCAUCUAAUUCCCAGAGCCAAGCAUAUCGAGUCAGCGCUCAUGCAGCUCGUAUGGAAGGACGGCAAUGAGGUUGACGACGAGGAGGAGAGUGCUCCUCCCAUGGUGGAACGAAUCGUUGAAGUCGAUGCGGAGAGCGGCGAGCCGAAACGAGAAAAGCGACCGGUUCACUUGCUCAACACCUAUCUCGUCAGCAUCACGCUCUUGAUCGUUACAGUAUCCCUUAGGUCCGCCUGGAGGCAGCUCGCUAUUGAAGUCAUGGUUGAUGGUGACUUUGUCCGUCUUGCUCUCGUCGUCCUGGCACAGGUCCAAAUCUUCUUCACUCUAUUCUUCGCUCAGGUCAUUAUCGGCUGCUUGGCUCAAAUAUUUGGACCUAUUCAACAGCUCUCGGUCAACUCAAAGUUUUACUCGGCCAAACUGCCGCCGAGGCUGCAGACCCCUACCCUGCCUCACGUUACGGUGCAGUGUCCUGUCUACAAAGAAGGCCUCGCCGGUGUCAUUGCUCCUACAGCCAAGUCGAUCAAGCACGCCAUCUCCACGUACGAGCUCCAGGGCGGUGCGACAAACAUGUUUAUCAAUGACGAUGGUCUUCAACUGAUCUCCGAGGAAGACCGCCAGGAACGAAUUGAGUUCUAUGCAGAUCACAGCAUCGGUUGGGUUGCCCGCCCUAGACACGGCGAAAACGGUUUCCAGCGCCGUGGCAAGUUCAAGAAGGCACCCAACGUGAACUUAACCCUCAUGAUCUCGUGCAAGGUGGAAGAAAAGCUUAGCCAAAUCCAGAGAUCCCCGGAAUGGUCUGAGUUCUCUACCCGGUCGCCUACUUCUCAGCAAAGCACACGGCUCAAGAAUGCAACUACGACGUCUAUGACAAGGAGUUGCUCGCCAUUAUUAAGGCAUUGGAAGAGUGGAGGCCAGAGCUCGAGGGCGCCCAGCAACCUUUCGACAUCCUCACAGAUCACAAGAAUUUGCAGACCUUCACAACCAACAAGCAGCUCAUCCAGCGCCAUAUGCGGUGGUCCCAGUUCCUGUCCCGGUUCAACUUCCUGAUCAAGUAUAUGCCGGGCUCCAAGAAUCUCCGCCCAGAUGCCUUGAGUCACAAGCCAAAUGAUCGCCCCAACGACGCAGAAGACGACAGACUCAUCGCGAGGAAGAAGGCCCUGCUAGACCCCUCAUGGUUCGAGGGGGGUUGCCUCGAGGACCCAGCCGCCAGCUUCUCCCUCUGCUUGCUGGGCAUAGACGACCUCGAAAAUGAGUCAACCGACGACCUGAUCCGCGCGAGCUACGAGACAUCCAUCUUUUUGCA